AAGAUCAGCCUUUCGCUGUCGUCCCCGCUCACCCAACCAUGGGUCAUAAUAACGGAGAUACGUAGUUUAUCACCGAUUCUCUAGCAGGUUGCGUAGCACUGCAACGGGAAGGCCUUGGAGCCCAGUAGAUAGCUGAAAGUUUAAAAUUCUUUUUGCUUCAUCUGGUGCUAGUCUUUCUUUUCGUUGUAUUCUCAGGCCCAACCUGCGUUGAUAUUAGUUCGUUCAGAAGUACAGUUUUCAAUUGCAAGUAGUUUUGUAGUUUUUCCUCUUUUGAAGGAUUUAUAAAUGAAAUAUUGACCUUGUGCCAUAUACGAACCAGAAAAUGGCAACCAAAAUGACGAUGAAAAUUCCGACAGAACAAACGAAACCAAGAAUGGCAUUUUUCCUUGCGCAGAUCGCCUACGCUUGGACAGCCAUGAGCCCCUUUGGCACAGCUUUGGGCGUCUCUCUGUCUGCGGCUGGACCACCAACGGGAGAAGCUGCACUUGCCGGAAAGAACGAUAAUGAUCAAGAAGUCCGCGUCGAGCAGCAUCAAGGAGUGUUCGAGCGUCCUGGCUGUUCCACGGCUUGUUCAUCCGACGGCCCAAAAAUCGACGCAACUUGCCCGGAGGCGAUGGUGGCAAAAAAGUCACUCGACGCAAACCCAGAUGAACACGCCGACAUUUUGAUUUUUUCCUCCCACAAAGAACACACCGCCGCUUCUUCGUCCACCCAAGAACCCCCCUCCCUGCCAACCAAGAGACGAAGGUUGUUUUGGCCGAACAGCAGGAAAAGACGAAGCUGUUGUAAAUCGCUCUUGCAGGAGGAGGAGCCGUUGCCGUUGCCGUCUCAGGCGGCAAAGAGGACGAAACAACGCACGAGCAAAUCUUCCACUUCGGCUCCCCACCUUCUAUCUCCUCUUCCCAAAACGGUCGUGGAACAUGUGUACAGCUUUCUGCCAGACCCAAAUCCCCCGCUAGCCAGGAUUCACGGGCUUGUGUUGAAAGACCGACUACCGGGAAGAAAAAAAUGCGGCCUACUGGAUUUUGAAAUACAUCCUCGGGCGGAAGAUGAAAAAUGCAGAAUGAAAAUGAAAAAUGACUCAACGGAUAGUGGUGCAGGUUUUCGCGCCGGGAGGUUGUCCACCUCACUCCAGGUUUACAAGAUGGACCCAGCACGCGGAUGUCUUGAUGAGAGAGGCGCUAAUAAGGAUAUUUUGGCGCUGCAGGAGUUUUCAGAUUGCAAGGAGGACCCCAGAGCGGUGAGGCUGACCACGGUGGAAUUCCGCUGUGAAAGGGUUCUUCAAGUGGAUGACAAAGCACUAUUUGUUCGACCAGGAGCUGCAAAUAAAGGAUGUCAACAAGGUGGAGAUGCUGUUGUGACCAGUACUUCUGGAGGGCAACGCCAACGGCAACCGAUAGUGCAGGUAAAAAGAUUUUUUGCGGAAUCCGCUACACCGCUGUCGUAUGCAUUGCAAAAGUAUCGUACUAGUAUAAAUCGCAAUACAAAUUUCUCCAGAAGGAAAAAUGGAGUUUGUAAUGCUGAUUUUGCUCAGAAACAAGAUUUGUCAUGCAUGAUUGCAAUUAGUAGGAGUACGAUACUUUUGCACAGGAUAUGUCGUGGUGUGCUGAGGACGAGCCAGGUCUCAAAAAGCUGCACGGUUGCCUAUCCGUUUUAAAAACGUCCUGACACCAGAGUUGUCAUGCAGAUUAUCAAGCACAGGAGCAUUUGUGAUGCGCAUUCCCAAGAGAGGCAAUUCCAAUCGUGUUCUGGAACUUGUAAUGCUGUAAACAGGAUGUGGAUGAGGAGAUGGAUUCGCUAUGCGGAUUCCCUUGCUAAACUGCAUUACACUACAACCUGCAAGUUGUCAUGCGUGACUCGCAAAACUUUCAGCUUUGUGCUGCAAAAUCUCCAUCUUGACUCUGGGGCGGGGACAUUUUCCUCACAAUAUUGCCGCAUCCGGGCUUACCUCGGACCGUUGAAGCAAGAUUGCUCCAGCCGAGUGCUACAGGAUUUUCCCAAACACUUGAUGUUUGUUUCGGAGAACAAAAUCGAGGAGGUGGUGAUGCUCAUCACGACACCCGUUUGCCAGUGCAAGGAUAGAAGUACCGACAAGUCGUGUUGGGAUCAGCAGCUGUGUCUUCAGUUUUACCCGCAACACCAGACGUUUACGUUUCCAUUAUUCCGCAGAGAGGAAGAGGAUGAGGAAGAAGAAGAAAAUGAAGAGUACUACGCUGGCGCCCGUCCUGAUGGCGACCAGAAGAAUCUUCCGAAGACCGAUAAUACAAGCCCACGACCGGGAGGAUCUUCAUGCAGCAGGUGGUGUGCUGGAUCGUCCUCAUCUUCAACUGCAGCUAGGCCUGAACCUGAAGGCGUCUAUACUUUUACUGGGUUUAUUCUUGGGCGCGGAGGAGCUCAAUGGAGGACGAGUUCUGGUGAUAGAAGCAGAACUACCGACAACUGCACCAAUUCGCUGCAUGAAGAUGAUGGCCCUGGACUGGAUCCUAGUACAACCAGCAGGAACUGCAGGGAAGAGAAAGCGGCUGCCGGUAGUAGUAGUGCUAGUAGUCGUGCAAGCUCUUGUGCGCCACCAACAAGUAGUUCUUGCCGUUCACAAGAAGACGAAGAACAACAGCGGACACCGACCUGUUCCAUUGAACAAGUUUCUAACACAGGUCGCCGCGCCGAUUAUCCGGACGAAGACCGCACGAGAACUGGGGAACAACAACUAGUGGGCCCGAUCCUCUGCUCUCUGGAUGACAACUUCGCACCAGACAUGCAGUUGAAAUGGCAGGGUCUCACCAAGGGCAAGCUCCCGGUGCACGUGAAAAUUACCGAGGGGCCGCUUGCCUCGUUGUUUAUUCCCCUUGGUAACUACAGCUUCCGCAUCCAUGUGCCGGGGGAGACGGGGUACUUGAAGCUAAAGGAUACAACAACUUCUGAAAGUCGCAAAAAUACGUCGUUUUUCCCCCGCAACAGAGUUGUCCUCAUCCUGAAUCUUCUAAGCCCAAAGCUGUGGUGUCCGCGCAUGCUGGAGCGGCUGACUAUCAAAUGUAAAAAUGUCUGGGUCUAGAAGAGUGCAUGUUUGUCAUGCUUGUCUGGUAGACUCUCAAAUCUGUCAUGCACGUUACCCAAGAGCGCCAUUUUUCUGUCAUGCAGAAACGCAGUUUGUCAUGCAGAAUAAGCAACACCUAGAAGCUCAGAAACUUGUCAUGCUGAGCCAGCACUUGUGGCCUCCUCAUGAUACGCCACCCAGCAUCACAAGUUUCCAGACCCAGACAUUUUUGCAUUUGAUACUGACCAAGUUAGAACCAGACGUACAGCCGGGCGAAAUACGGUUGGCGGCCUGGGGCCCUUUUCGCGGUAUCGAAUACAAAGACACGGCGAGCGUAAUGUUUCAGACCAUUUGGGAGCGAGAAACUGACAACACGGAUCCCGAGAAAAGCACGUAUUACCUGGAUCUCGACCAAUGGCCACGGCGGGUGGUCUGGAAUGACCUUUCAAACGACCUACAACCCGGUGAACGCAGGGACACACGCCUGCCUAUUGACCGGCCUAUGAGGGUUCACAUUUUCCGGAGGUCCGCGGAGGAAGCGGAAAAAGGCAAAUUGUUUACGAACAUCAAGUAUGAACUGCAAAAGUAUCGUACUAGUAGUAAUUAUUGCAAUACAAAUUGACUCAGCAUGACAAAAUUGAAUUUGUCAUGCGGGUUUGCCUUAAGAAAAGGAUUUGUAAUGCAUAAACGCAAUGAGUACGAGUACGAUACUUUUGCGCAGGAUAUCAAGGCGUUCAACCGUCUAGUCCGAGACAAGCUGCUGAAAAUCCGUCCUGAUGAUGACGAAGAGGAUCGCAGUUUGAACUUGCUUAUCAACAGAUGCAAAUAUGUCAUCUACUGGGUCUCGAAUAAACUUGUGUUGCUGAUGCUUUCGUUGCAGCUGUUGUCGUUGUCCUUGUUGAACUCCCGCAGCAUUACAAAUCCAGACCCAGAUGACCUAUUUGCGAAGAUGCAUAUUGCUGCCGUAUUUUCGAGUGAUUCAUUUUGAGGCCGAGCGGGGGCAGGAAACGUUUUGUUUUUUGCUGGAGACAGGGUUUUCCAUGCAGGAUAUUCUGGUGCACGAGUGGUUGCCCGAGGUCGAUCGGCAACGGCUUUUCAUCGAGGAAGAUUACGUGGACUUUAUGCUGUACAACCCCGUUUACGUGUAAAUAGUGCAAGAACUACUGCGAUGUGCAUGUGCAAGAUAGAAGCGCAAAAAUCGGAACAUCAACCCGAAAAAGCAGGAGCAGCUAGAGCAAGUGCAAAAAGGAAGAUGAACGGAAAGGGAAUUAUGGAAAUAAGUAUUUACCAAGUGUGAAAGACAGUUAAUUAUGUGGAUCCUGGCCGAGGACGUUCUCCUGGGAUCAUUCCUGAAUUGAUGCUCCCCACAAAAUGCUGUGAGUAGGAUGAAAAUUAUACGCGCGAAUGCAGCAAUUUUGUUGUUGAUAUUGAAUGGUAAAACUGAAGGUGAUAAAGCCCUGUCCGAACAAGUAUUUCGACGCAGCAGAAUGUGCAC